UCUGUUCUCCGGAUUUCCUGAUCCCCACUUUCGGUCGUCCACCACCAAAGACGGUGUGUCUCGAUCUCCCCCUCCCUUCCUCUGGAGUUUGGCCUGCAACAUCUCCAUCUCUGCAACCAUCAAUGGAGAGAUCGUGCAGUCUCCUCAUCCACUUCGACAAGGCCACGCCCGCCAUGGCCAACGAGAUCAAACAGGCCUUGGAAUCCAACGACUUCGACGCCAAAAUCGACGCUAUGAAGAAAGCCAUUUUGAUGAUCCUCAACGGAGAAUCUAUUCCCCAACUCUUCAUCACCAUCAUCCGCUACGUCCUCCCAUCGGAGGACCACAUCAUCCAAAGGCUCCUCUUGCUCUAUCUCGAAACCCUAAAAAAGACAGACUCCACCGGCCGGAUGCUUCCGGAGAUGAUCCUCGUGAUUCAGAACCUCCGCAACAACCUCCAGCACCCUAACGAGUACAGCCGCGGCGUCUGCCUCCGCUUCCUGUGCCGCGUCGCCGAGCCCGAGCUCAUCGAGCCUCUGGUACCCUCAAUCAUCGGAAACCUUGAGCACCGCCACCCCUUUGUUCGGCGGAACGCGGUGCUCGCGGUUAUGUCGAUCUAUGGCCUCCCUCAUGGCGAGCAGUUGCUGGAUCACGCUCCCGAGCUGAUCCAGCAGCUGCUGGUGUCGGAGCUGGACGCUUCCGUUAAGCGGAAUGCGUUCUUGAUGUUGUUUAAUUGUGCACAAUUUAAGGCUGUUGAUUAUGUUUUCAGUAAUAUUGAUAGGGUUCCGGAUUGGGAUGAGCAGAUGCAGAUGGUGGUGUUGGAAUUGAUUAAGAAGGUUUGUAGGACAAAUAAGGAUGAAAAGGGGAAGUACAUUAAGAUAAUUAUAUCUUUGUUGAACUCGCCCUUGACUGCGGUUAUAUACGAGUGUGCAAAUACUCUAAUGUCCUUGUCAUCUGCCCCGACUGCCAUUAGGGCUGCGGCAAACACAUACUGUCAGCUGUUGCUGUCACAGAGUGAUAACAAUGUUAAGCUUAUUGUGUUAGAUAGGCUCAAUGAGCUUAAGUCUUUGCAUAGGGGGGUCAUGGUUGAGAUGAUUAUGGAUGUGCUUAGGGCCUUAUCGAGUCCAAGUCUUGAUAUUAGGAGGAAAACAAAUGAUAUUGCGCUUGAUUUGAUAACCCCGAAGAAUGUUGAUGAGGUUGUGCUUGUGCUGAAGAAGGAGGUGGUGAAGACACAGAGUGUUGAGCUUGAGAAGAAUGGGGAGUAUAGGCAAAUGCUUAUACAAGGGAUACAUUCUUGUGCGAUUAAGUUCCCAGAGGUGGCGAGCACGGUUGUUCUUCUUUUGAUGGAUUUCUUGGGGGACAACAAUGUUGCUUCUGCCAUAGAUGUGAUUGUUUUUGUGCGUGAGAUUAUUGAAACAAAUCCAAAGUUACGGGUAUCGAUAAUAACGAGGCUUUUGGACACUUUUUACCAGAUCCGUGCUGCUAGGGUGUGUUCUUGUGCUCUUUGGAUCCUUGGAGAGUACUGCCUCUCUAUUCCGGAAGUUGAGAGUGGAAUUGAGACAAUUAAGCAGUGUCUUGGGGAGCUCCCAUUCUUCACGGCUAGUGAGGAAGGAGAUGCACCCAAUGCUCUGAAGAGUUCUCAACAGGUGAACUCUAUUACUGUAUCUUCUAGACGUCCUGCCAUUCUUGCAGAUGGGACCUAUGCCACACAGAGUGCAGCCAUAGAAACUACCUUGUCACCACAAACCCUUGUUCAAGGAUCAUUGGCUUUGGUUGGAAACUUGAGAUCAUUGAUUCUUUCAGGCGACUUUUUCCUCGGGGCAGUUGUUGCUUGCACACUGACAAAGCUUGUUUUGCGAUUGGAAGAUGUUCAGGAAUUGAAAACUGAAGUGAACAAAUUAUCUACAGAAGUCUUAUUGAUCAUGGUUUCUAUGCUGCAACUGGGUCAGUCCUCGUAUUUCCCACACCCAAUCGACAAUGAUUCUUAUGAUAGGAUUGUCCUUUGUAUCAGAUUGUUAUGUAACACUGGUGAUGAGAUUAGGAAGAUAUGGCUGCAGUCUUGCCGACAGAGUUUUGUUAAAAUGCUGGCUGAUAAGCAGUUUCGUGAAACAGAGGAAAUUAAAGCAAAGGCUCAAAUUUCCCAUGCACAGCCAGAUGAUCUUAUUGACUUCUAUCAUCUGAAAAGCAGGAAGGGUAUGAGCCAGCUUGAAUUGGAAGAUGAGGUGCAAGAUGAUCUCAAACGUGCUACUGGAGGGUUCACAAAGGAUGGAGAUGAUGUAAAUAAACUUAAUCGCAUUCUUCAGCUCACAGGAUUCAGUGACCCUGUCUAUGCUGAAGCGUAUGUAACAGUUCAUCAUUAUGACAUUGUCCUUGAUGUUACCAUCAUCAAUCGAACCAAGCUGACCCUCCAGAAUUUGUGCUUGGAGUUGGCAACCAUGGGUGAUCUCAAACUUGUGGAGCACCCACAAAACUAUUCAUUAGCUCCCCGAUCAAGCAAGCAGAUUAAGGCAAAUAUUAAGGUUUCUUCAACUGAAACAGGAGUCAUAUUUGGUAACAUUGUUUACGAGACUUCAAAUGUGCUUGAACGAAAUGUUAUUGUCCUCAAUGACAUCCAUAUUGAUAUAAUGGAUUACAUUUCUCCGGCAUCCUGUGCUGAUGUGGCAUUUAGAACCAUGUGGGCUGAGUUUGAGUGGGAAAACAAGGUUGCUGUAAACACUAUUAUUGAAGAAGAGAAAGAAUUUUUGGACCAUAUAAUCAAGUCAACUAACAUGAAGUGCCUUACUCCACUCUCGGCAUUAGAUGGGGAGUGUGGGUUCCUUGCGGCAAACCUAUAUGCAAAGAGCGUAUUUGGAGAGGAUGCUUUAGUAAAUGUGAGCAUUGAGAAACAAGCCAAUAGCAAAAUAACUGGAUUCAUCAGAAUACGAAGUAAAACUCAAGGAAUUGCUCUCAGUCUCGGGGAUAAAAUCACUCUCAAACAGAAGGGAAGCAGUUGAAUGAAUUCAAUGCCUAUUUUUCACAAGAUCAUCUCCAUAUAAGGCUCAUUGUCCUUGCUUUUCUUUUUGAGAUUCAAUGAUGUUUUUUCUUUUUUUUGCAAAAGAAGGCGGAAUGAUUUUAGCUUUUCUUUGUAGUAAAUUAAAUUGUGAGGAUGAAAUAAAGGAAAUUAAUGAGAUAUGAGAAAAUUAUUUGGAUUGAUUUUCA